AUGAAUCAUGACGAUACAACUGGGGCCCCGACAACCGCCGCCGUCGCUGACUCCUCAACGUGUGCCACUGUCCCCGGUGGGAUGGCGCAAACAAGGAUGCUGUCGAGGCUCAGAGUCGCUGGUAGUACCAGUAUACCGCGGGUAAAUGAAGCUAGCGAAGCGCCGCUCGCACCGCUUCCCUCCGCGAGGCCUCUGGGUCGAGACGCCUCCACAACAGGCGAUGUCGCGCAGUAUGGAGGAUGCGCAUCGCUUGUUCGCACGGCCGCCGCAGCAGCAGUGGUGGCUGUCGAAAACGCAGUGCCACAGUCGUCUGCCUUCGGUCGUGGCGACGGCAGAGACGACGAUGCUGUGCUGCGCAAGGAAGAAAAUGGCUGCAUUGAAGUCGAUGUCGGUGCCGUGAACGCGUCGUCCCCGCUCCAUGGGCAGCCCACAUCGGGAGCUGCACAGCACCUGAGCUACGACGCGGCCAACAAUGGCACCGAAGGUAGACUGCAAAGGCGUGGCGGCAACGCAGCAGCGGUCGUCAUUCCCCUCCGCUGUCGUGCUACCUGGACUCGUCAAACUACGCCGGAACCACUUCAAGGCGAUGGUGGCCUGCUAUGUGCAGCAGCAGCCCUCAACUCGUCCACAACAAGCAGUGCAGACGACAAGACAUCUCCUCAAAGUGCAGCAGCAGCAGCAACGGCGACAGAUGUGCUUGAGUCGCCGGCGGCACCUCCCCCAUCGCCAAAGGGGGAACUUGGCUCAUGUGACUAUACGGGCAAUCCUCUGCACUUGCGCGGCCAUCACCGCCACUACAUCGACAUGGACUUGCCGGGGAUGGGUGAAAGCAACGAACCGUGGAGCGGGUCUGUUGCGUCGUCAGCAUCCUCAGCGCCGCACUCCACCGCCGAGACACAGUGGCACAACACGAGUGUGGCAUCGGAGCUGGACUUGUACGAGAUGCCGCUGCCCGUUAUGGAGACGGCGACAGGCGACCUAACUGCUGCACCAUCGGUGACCGCGUCAUUUUUGUUUGGCGGUGUGGCUUUGCCGGUGGCCUUUAGUGUGAAGUCUGGCGGAUCUGCCCUAACAGCCGACAGGGACGCGAAAGUGUGGUCACCCAUCUCUGUAUCAGCGACUGUGUCGCCCAGCCGACGGAACAUUGCUGGCCUGAAACAACCAGCGGAUCUGAGCGGCUGGAGACGCAAGCGGUCGAGUGGUAAAUUGGCGGCGCAGUCGGAAAGAAACAACAGCAGCAGCGGCCCGGGCGAUAUCCCGCUCGUCUCGCUCGAAAAGUCUGUUGCGUGGAGCGCUGGGAAGCCGAUGAAUGACGACUCCUUGUCUCCAGUGACAUCCCUCUCGCAGCAGCGGGGAGAGUUGCUGGACCGCAGUGUCUACCCCCUUACAUCGACACAGGUGACGACGGCAACCACACUGGCCACGAUGGAGUCAGGCACUGCCUCCAAUCCCUUCAGCUCCCAUUCCUCACUGCAGUCGUUUGACUCGCACCACGCGCUCCAACGCAGCGCGCUGAUCGCCAGGAUGUCUGCGCCUUGCCAAGGGAGGGCCCCAUCAUUGCAUCUGUCCGCGAUCGUUCGCCCGGGGGGUGCUGUCCUCGAAAGCGCCAACCUAGGGACACCUGUUCGAAGCCCGCAAGGGAUGUCCACCUCUCUGGGGCUGCCGAUGUUCGUAGGUGGGAGCACCGGGUCGCCCAUUCUCUCCUCAAAGUACGACACUGUAUUUCCGCUCCGGAUGGAGCCCAGGACGCACACCAAGUUGGCCGGUGACGAGUCGCAACAGUCGCCACCGCGACUCCACGACCAGAGAAACGAGGGCGACGCAGACCAACCUCCGCCCACACCCACCGCAGCUCUCGUCACGCAAGCCGCACAGCAGCAGCAGCAGACGCCUUUUUGUUGCCCUCAGCAUGGAGAAACAGACGCUCCUGAGUGCAGCCCUCUGACUUCGCUCUCCGCGCUACCCCAGCAAAGCCUCCGCAGCUCCACCGUGACCUCUGACACCUCCUUCGGUGUCGACAACGCCAUCUCCAUGCGGCAAAGCUCGAUGAUGUCGGAGGACCACAUCCUGCAGACGCUCGUCCACGGCAUGGCGCUUGGUGGUGUAUCGGCAGAGGCGUGGAUGGCAGCGCCGGACAACUGGGCACCAUCGCCGCGCAAUUUGCGUUCGACUGGCCCAGGGAACCGGCACCUAACAGGCAGGCCGUGCGCGCUGCAGCGUCCCUUGUCACCAUCCUCGCGCUCAGCUGCCUCGGAUGCAGUGGGCGCGGGCAGCGGUAAGACACCGACGGCGGGGCUUGUCGCGUCCUCGAUGCGCUUCUCACAGCUACAGACGCAGCGAGGGAAGUUGGGCUGGAUGAGUUCUACAAGACCUGCAGGGCCGUGGGGAGCGGAGCUGGUGCAAGGGCUCUCUCCCGUAUCCGCGUCAGCAGCAAACAGGGGCGACGAAACCGCAGAGACUGGCAGCCAUUUGCUUACACGUGACCCCCUCACUGUCGUGCUGUCCAGCCCCAGCAAGCGGCACAUGGCGGCGCAUACUCCCACGCGCCUUCAGCAGCAGAGGAAGCUGCCAAGCCCUGAGAACUUCUUCGCAAAGGCUGAUGGCUCUCUGAGGGACUCCGUUGGCUUCAGCGCCACAUCCCUACCCACUUUGUCUGACCCUGCUCUUCACGCCAGGCGCUCGCUCGUCACACCAAUGCAGGGGUACAGCUUCAAGCAGCACUCCACUGCGGCGAGCAUGGCGUCUUCGGCCCUUUCACAGGUGCCGCUCGGCGUGGAGGAGGUCAUCUUCUCUGCAGGCAGCACCCCGAAUGUAGUGGGUUGUGUGGAGGUCAGUGUGGCGGCGUGGUUACCCGUGGCAAGCACUGACACAGCUGCAAGGCAACUCAGUGGUGACCAAACAGUGGUGCUGCGACCCUAUGACAGCAGCGCAGCGUAUUACCGUAUCCCCAACGGUGGCCUCUUCAGCACCGCCGACAGCGGCGUCACCGUGGCGGCGCCGAGGGAAGCAUCGCUUGAGGGACGACUCACCUUUCUGCAGUCGGUGCAUGACCUCGACAGUUUUGCUGCCCAGGCGGAGGCGAGUGCCUCGCUCGGCUACGGGGCUGCUGUACAGAGCCCACUAACCAGGGAAAUAGUCGAGCCUGGGGCUGUGGCCACCACGAUGGUGUCACCACCGUCGUCCAUCGCGCCUGUGGAUGAGACGUUCUCUGUGUGUCGGCCACCACCCCCGGCUCCAGCAAUGUUGCUCCGUCACUCGCCGACGCGCAGGCCCUUCUAUCUGAUUCCUGGGUUGGAGGCUGCGGCAACUGCGGAGCUAGGGCGCAUCUCCCCCUCCCCUUUUACCGUCGCUCCUUGGGCCAUAGGUGGCGCCAGCGAUUUCGUGGCAGCGGUGGCAACGCCGCUGCUGCCAGGGAUGCUGAGUGGGAAGGACAAGGUCAGUCCAUGGUCCAGCGACAGUACGAGGGGCGGGUUUCUGCAGGUGUUGCCGCUUGCUCAAGAAGAGCAUGUGUCCACAUCGUUGAGUUACAAGGUAAGGGCGCCAAAGACGACGAGCCCCAUGUCCGCAAGCCAAGCACAAGAUGACUCAGUGGCUGCGACGGAUCCGCAGCUUCUGUGGUGGGCACCAAAAGCCGCGCAUGCCGCGGCACCAUUCACAGCUACUGACACCGAUACCCACCCAGCGCCCGUGCAUCGCAAUAGUGGCGAGUCGGGCACUCACUCCAGCAUGCCAAACUUCAGUUGCCGUUCACCGCCUGUGCACUUGCCCCCGCAGCAGCAGACACCACCUCAGCUUCAGGUUUGUGCGCCGGCUGCGAUGUGGUCCUUCCUCUACGGCGUUCACAACAACGACGAUCGAGGCGCCUACCAAAUCGCUACCUUCAACAGCAACCCAAGUGUUGCUCUCACCCGAAGCUCUACUCGAGGGCUAUCGAGCUGCAUCGUCGAUCAGGCAGCCGAUAUGUGGCCCGGUGGUGAGGAGGAGUACCGCCAGAGUUGUCGUCCCGAGGGGAAGAUGCUCUUCCGCAGACCCGGUACUCUCACAGGCAGCAUCAGUCAGUGUCGCAGGAGCGGCAAAAGGGGGGGUGGUGGCACAGGUGCACCUCUCCGCAUCUCCAUCCCGUGCUAUCAGCGCUAUCGAGACGUCGAGGCUCUCCUGGAUGACGCGGAGCGGGCCAUGAACAGGACGUCUGUCCCCAUCAUUUCAUUACUUAGCUACGGCGGUCGGUCGUUGAAUGGGGACGAGUACUCGCCUGAAACACUCGGCAACGGUCUGGCGUCAAGUGUAAUGUCGUUGGCAACGCCCGCACUGACGACUUCUAUGACCUGCUUGGAGGUGAGUCUUGUAUCGCCUCUGGCGCUAGGGUCGGCGUCGGACAAGCCAGUAGCGAGCCCCACGGAGACGAUGUCGUUCUCCGUGAGCCCGCCGCGACGCAGGUGA